CGCAAUUCUCUUCUCUUGCACCACAAAAGGGUACAAUUAGCUUGUACAGCUUGUACCCUGGUCAUUCAAACUCCAGCGUACAACCCAAGCGACGAACGCAGGUGUAUCCAACUCACAUCUCCGCACCGGAGACAAUCGUCAUCACACAUAGCACGCACGCCCACGUCACGUGACCUUCUCCCUCUCAACACCCCCGCCUAUAUAAUAACCUCCCUCGUGUCGCUUAAUCCGUUUCCUACAUCAGCAGCGCAAAGUCCGAAAGGCGAAAACCCUCUUUAUCUCUCUCUAUCUCAAAACACACAUAAUGCCAUACAGCGGUGACAGUUAGGAACACACACACAGAGAAGGAACAAAAAGUUGAGCCAUGUCGAUUCGGUUCAAAUUCAGGAGCUCGGUGAAUUAUGACGCGUUGGAGAUUGGAGAGCGCGCGUCGAUUGGCGUCGGGGAGCUGCGGGCAAGGAUUCUGAAGGGAAAAACGGCUCAGCAGCAACAGCAAGGAUUUGAUCUCGUAUUCUCUGACGCGGAUUCUGGUUUAGAGUUUAAGGGUGAUGAUUGCAGUAUUCCAAGCGGAUCCAGCGUCAUUGUUAGGAGAGUUCCUGCUGGAACUAUGGCACCAGUUGUGUCACCUGUUCAAGCUGUUAAGGAUGUUGAAAUAAAAGGGUCACAUGAUCUGAAUCCAGGCAGUGAACCAGUGGACACAUUUAAUGGCUUAGGUGCUGAUUUGUGUCUCAUGCCUGAUUCAACCUUUACUGAUUUCAAUCUGGAAUUUGAAGAAAAUGACUUCCUGGAUAAUGGAAUUGACCAAGUGGCAGGUUUAAGGGCAGAAUGUCAAAAGCAGGGUCCUAGUAAUCUCAGUCAUGAAACACCAAGAGGUUGUAAUCAAUCUGGAAAUGAGAGGAUUGCUGUAGUCAGAGUCGACCAACAAAUAAAGCCAAUUAAUAGCCCACAUUCCUCCAGCCUCCAGGCCAUACAAUGUUCGAAAAUGCCAGUAGAAAUGAAGUGUCCUCUUUGCAACUCUUUCUUCAAGGAGGCCGUCAUGAUUCCUUGUUGCCAGCAUAGCUUUUGCCAAAAUUGUAUCCGCCAAGUGCUUAUUGAGAAGGGGAAGUGCGCAAAGUGCUUUUCAAGCAAAUGCCGCGUGGAAGACCUGCUACCAAACUUGUCAUUGCGUCAAGCUAUCGAGCAUUUCCUUGAAGCUGAGAUGCUCGAUGCUGGUUCAGAGCAUGCCUUGCAGAAUUAUGUGCCAGAUGGAGAGUCUGGAAUUCAGGCUAGGGACUUUUCGUGUGCGCCUUCAGUUGUCCAAACUGCAACUGGGAAAGGAUCUAACCAAGUUUAUAAGGAACUAUUUUUUGAGCAACAAUGUCAAAGAAAUGUGCGAGUUCGUGCCCCUGGAAGUAGGGAAGUAAAAUCCGCUCUUCCAUCACAGAAAGCCAAUCAAAUAGAUGAUAUGAGUGGCUACUAUUGUCAUGAUGGUAUGCGAAGUGGGCCUGAAGAUUUUGUGCCAUCAGCCGACUUUCAAGGUGAAAAUCAACCUGUUAUUCCUCCAACUAAUGUUCAUUAUGAAGCUGAUUAUAACACCAGGAGACGAGGGGGACACUGGAUCGAAUCUGGAGGUGAAGAGAGAAAUUUUAUGGGUCCCUCUGGACAUAAAAAGGGCGUCCGGAAUUGCUACACAUGUGGUUCUCCUGAUCACCUCAUGAGAGACUGUCCUAUGUCCCACCCAAAUCCCAUGUUUCAGCCAGGAAAUGGAGCGUAUCAUGGGGGUAUGCCAGGCUAUGUGCAGCCACCUUACUGGAAUAGCUCCUCAAUGCCGCCUUUCAGCCCAUAUGCAAACAUGUAUGGGAACCCUGGAAUGAUGCAUUUCAACACAUCCAUGGUUCCUGUUUCACCAUUUGCUGCACCUCCCUACUUUCCUUCAAUGAGCGCCAGCAUGGCCGGUCCUGGUGCCAACAUGAGAAUGGGCAAUAUGGGGCCUCCUCCACAUUCAGAUCAUUUUGGGCUGCAACCUUGCGAGAACAAGAGGAAGAGCCCAAAUGAAGAGCUCGAACAGGGAACUAUUUCUGAGAUGGAGGAUGAGUCCCCAGAACACUACCGGCAUGUAAACCCAGAAAGAUCACAUGAUCACGGGCCUCGCAAAGAGGACAAGUUUUCACAUGAGAAGGUUUCCCGCCCAUCCAACUCCACUAGAGACAAGGGGCCUUCCCACAGGGAGAGAUCGAAUUCGACCAAGGAAGAAGCUUCUAGAAGCUCCGAGGGCAGGCACAGGCACCAUCAUAACAGGGAGUCUAGGAGACACCACGAGAGAAAGGGGCACUGUGGGAGUGAAUCGAGCCACAGUCAUCACUCGGCACAGAAAAAUGCCAAAAGGGGCUCCCAUCAUAGCCCAUCCUCUGUUAGGAGGAGGGAAUACAGAGAUCUGGACGUGGGCCGUGAUUACUCGAGGCAUUCCGGGAAGCACUCGAGGGAGGAAAGUCGUGAGGACAGGUGGCAAACGGGUAAUGGUCUGUACGGGGAUGAGUAUCGUCACCAUAAGCGAAGAGCACAUUGAGACUGUGAUUCUGCUUAUCCUUAUAAUAGCUUGAGGUUCAGAUGCUAGCAAAAGUUAUUGCCAGUGGCUCUGGCAAUUGAAAAUGUUGUUUGGAAGUAUUUGUUUCUCACACGUUCAGUAUUUGCGCAUGCGCCAUUUUAGCGGUAAGGAAUAUAUGUCAAUUACCAAGGGGUGACAUUUUGCAGAUAAGGUAUGUAUUUCUUGAACCAGGGGCAAUGUGUAGCUGCACGCCCUCUUCUUUCUCUGGUGCCUCCUCUUCCUCCGUUAUUGUUUCCUUUUCAAUAUUUUUUGGAAGAAUAGUGUUCUUGCUGCCGAAUUCUAAAUUAGGCUGGGAGAAAGAAAGAUAGAAAAAAAAGGAACUCAGCUGCCAUUGUUUAUAUGUUUUUUUUAUCGUUUUUUUUCCGUUAGUUAAUAUUUAUUUCAUUAACAACAAAUGAUUUUUUUUCUUUUCUACAAAAAAUACUAUUUGUUUCAUAUUUACUUCUCUCCAUAUCCC